AUGGAUACCCGAAGUUCUGCUGAAUUGAAGAAAGCUCUUGAAAACGCCGAGGCCGAGAAGAAAGCGAUGGCUGAUAGGAUGAAGGCUAUGGAAGAACAGAUCAAUGAACUCCCUUUCACCGCCGGGAUGACGAUGACAACGACACCGGUUGAAAUCCCUGAGUAUGAUGGUAGAAUUGAUCCAGACGAGUUUAUUGAGUGGUUGAGAACUGUAGAAUGUGUCUUUGAUUACAAAGAAACAUCAGAGGAGAACAAAGUCAAGAUUGUAGCCAUGAAAUUGAGAAAGUAUGCAUCGACAUGGUGGGCCAAUACGUGUACUAAAAGAGAGCAGUUGGGGAAGUCGAAGGUGAAGGAAUUGUCAAAAAUGAAGCGCUUAAUGAAACAGAAGUUUCUGCCCUCAUAUUACAUUCAGUCAAGUUUUUCUCAACUGCACCAUCUUAAACAGAAUCAGCGACCAGCAAAGGAGUAUUCUCGGGACUUCGAGUAUUUGCAUAUGAAGUGUGACUUACCCGAGGAUGAACCACAAACUUUGGUCAGGUAUUUGGGCGGAUUAGAUACCGGUGUUGCUAAUGUCGUGGAGUUGUACCCUUAUUCCACUUUAGAUGAAUUAAUCCUGUUGGCUCACAAAGUAGAUAACCAGCAAAGAAACAAAGGAAAAUUUGAGGCUUGUUGA